AGGGGGAGGGCAACCGCCAUUUUCUCCUGAGAGGUUUACAGCUUUACAGCCCAGACGCUUCACCGCACCGUGACUUUAACUCGACUUUAACUCGCCUCAUGGACCCGUAGCGGACCCACAAAAUGGAGGCUAACGAAUGUCCAGCAAGCAGCCCUGACCUCAUUACCUUCGCAUCGGAGAGCAGACCGUAGCCAUGAGUACGAAUGUAUGUGUACAUAAAUGUCUUCAUAGAAGUAUAUAUUUGCGGAUAUUUAUUUUUGAAGGGGGACCAGCUGGCAUCUGGAACCUUUGUAAAUUGGACUUUGUAAGACUUUGUGCUUCCUUAAAGUCAUACUGACACAAAGUCCAGGCUGUUUUGAGUCGACAUGUGCAGCCCCUGUAUAAGACACUCAUGUGCGGACAACAUGGAGACUGCCAGUUCCCCCUGGGCUGAACUUUUUCAGAUCUGAGUCGCCGGUUCUCUUUGAACAUCAAAGAAAAGGCAGUCCUCCAUCUUUAGCUCCCCUACUUAAGAAAUUGAUGUCAUCCAUAUUUAAAAAAAAUACAAGACUGAUACACCCAUUGAUCUUAGGUCUGAGGUCUAAAGUAUGCGAUCAACUUUCGUCAACACACACUUCAAAGGGUAAUCUGUGAUAUGCAUAUUUAUGCUUUUAUUUUAUUUAAUUCCUUUUUCAUUCAGGCAUAUUCAUUUCAAAAUGUAUGUUAAAUAUUUUUAGCAUCUUUAUACAAUGCCAAAACUGUGAACUGAGAUCUGACCUUUGACCUGGGUUGCACAACAAGGGCCAAUCCAUUUUGGGAUAUUAUUCCAAUUUCUGCACUUUCUCUUAAUUAUUAUUAAUUAGCCCCAAUCAUGCGUUUGAUCUGACAGCUUUGAUAGCUGCAGCUUCCAAUAAAUAAAACCCACAUAUGCACACGCACGCACACACCCACAGACACACACACAAACCCGAAUUUUGCACCCCUGGAAUUAGUUCUUCUCAACCAUACUGUUGAUUUGCAUAACGGCGAAGGAACGAAAACUGUGCUGUAGUCACAAGGUAUGCCACUAGAGGGCGCUGUAUGUUUGCUGGUUGGGACAGUAUUUCCAUAGCGCAUGUGAACAGACAACCAUUGGGAUCUGUAAGACUGCUUGCCAUUGUGAAAGGACUAUAAUUGUGAAGUUCCAAGAGGUUGUUUCGACACUUGCGAUAACUACAGAAAACGGUUAUCUUCCCAAUGUCUUUUAUUGAGUUACUGUACAAUCUUUUUUGGCGUACAAUCGUGUGUGUGAUGGAUGUACCCGCUGACGUGCUUCUUUUACGCGGUCUGUAAGCAAUUGACGAGGACGGUGGAAUAAGAAGAGUAAGGAAGUGUUGCACAGUAGUGAGAAAAUGAACAGCGUAAACUAUGGGAAACUAGAUGCGAUACCACGUUUGCAGCUAUUUAACUGCGCCGAAUGUGGAGCCAGGUUCACUCGACAAUGGCGUUUGAGAGAGCACGAGACGGCCCAUACUCGCGCGCCGCCAAUUCUCUCUCCACUUCAGCGACCCUUGCAGUGCCCUGUGCCGGGCUGUGGUCGACGAUUUUCCCGCAGAUCUCACCUCAGUCGUCAUAAUUUAAAUCACACUGGAGCGAAACAGUUCAGAUGUAGUCGGACGGAUUGCUCCAGCAGAUUCUUUAACGUUGACAAUCUGAAGAGACACGUCUUGUAUGUCCACGGUAACAAGGACGCAUACUUCAAGUGUCGCCACCCAGAAUGCCAUGCAAUGUUCCGUAAACGUCGGAUGUACAAGAUGCAUCUGAAAGAACAUGGCAUCUCUCCCAGCUUCAGGUGUAAUAAGGAGGGGUGCGGAGCCGAGUUCGACUCCUGUGUAGCUCGCAGGGCUCAUGAGAAAACCCAUGCAGGGUACUCCUGUCCUGUGCCUGACUGCCCGGUGGUGGAACCCACCUGGGGAAGGAUGUGUAGACAUGCACAAACACAUCCAGAUAUACACUUUGUGGAAACCAUGGAAUUGAAUCUUGCGAGAGGAUUGUCGCUUGCUUUUCAAUCGAAAAAAUCAGCAGCAAGGUUGUCAGCUGUCUCCUACACCUGUAAGCGGUGCCAGGCCAGCUUCGGGCGGCGGGAGGCCCUCCGUCGUCACCGGCGACGCCACGCCCUGCAGAAGCCCGUGCUCCUCUGCCCCAGGGAGGGCUGCCAGACCUACUUCUCCACCACCUUCAACCUGCAGCACCACAUCCGCAAGGCGCACCUGCAGCUGCUCAAAUACCGCUGCGCCUUCCCCGCCUGCGAGCGCGCCUUCGCCAUGAGGGAGAGCCUGAACAGACACAUGGUUCACCAUGAUCCGCAUGGAGCCAGUUUGAAGAAGCGCUGGCGAUCCAGCAAGAAGUGGCAGAAGCGGCUGAAGGGCCGGCAGCAUCGCCCCCUGGUGGAGGAGGACCUGCGGCGCCUCUUCGCCCUGCGCCUGCGCUUCCCGCGCCGUGCCAAGGUAGAGGCCGACCUCUCGGGCCUCUUCAACGAGCGCAAGAUCCCGCGUCUCGUCAGUCCGGAGGUCAACCUGCAUGACCUCUUCAGCCUCAAGGCCCCUGCCAGCCAGGCUCCCCCAGUCGAGGCUUAAAGGCAAACACGCAGGCAACCCACACCCAGCAAAGUAUUUUUACUUUCAUUUUCUUUAACGUUUUCUGUUCGUAUUAAGCAAAUGAAUGAGCUUGACUGCUUGAAAGUUUGAAUUUUACUUUGUUUAAUUGUACAAAUGACAAGAGGAAGUGGGUAUUUUUCUUUUAAUGAGACCAAGACUUGUAUAGUCUGUUUUUGUUUUAUAUACCCAAUA